AUGAGUCCUAAGGCAUUUCAGGUUGUGAUCUUUCUUGGUUUCUUGGCCACUUCAUGUAUCUCUCAAGCUCCAGCCCCCGCACCAACCACCGCUUCUCCACCGACGGCUCUUCCUCCGGUGACCGCAGAAACACCUUCCCCGGUUGCUUCACCGCCGGUUCCAGUUAACGAGCCUACUCCAGCUCCAACCACUGCUCCUACAACUUCUCCUACAACAUCUCCAGUUGCUUCUCCUCCACAAACCGAUGCUCCAGCUCCUGGCCCAUCCGCCGGAUUAACUCCCACUUCGUCUCCGGCUCCGGGACCAGACGGUGCCGCUGAUGCGCCGGGAAGCGCCGCCUGGGCUAACAAAGCUUUCCUUGUGGGAACAGCUGUUGCCGGAGCUUUAUACGCUGUCGUUUUGGCUUAG